AUGCCAAACGUAGAACAGAAAGAAAUCGCUGAUAAUCUGAUGGAACGUCAGAAGCUUUCCUGGAAAAACUUAAAUAGCAAUGAAAUAAAAGCAGCUUGGUAUAUAUCCUAUGGUGAAUGGGGCCCUAGAAGACCUGUGCAUGGAGAAGGCGACGUUUCCUUCAUAACUAAAGGGGUCUUUUUGGGGUUAGGAAUGUCAUUAGGCCUUUUCGGUUUAAUAAGAUUAUUGGCCAAUCCUGAAAUUCCAAAGACUAUGAACAGAGAAUGGCAGUUGAAAUCUGAUGAAUAUUUAAAGUCAAAAAAUGCCAACCCAUGGGGCGGUUAUUCUCAAGUUCAAUCUAAAUAA